GUCACUUCUCAAGAAUUUGGAACCAAACCAUUGACCUUUACAUUUGUACCAUCCAUUGGACAACUUCCAACUCAUUUUGAGGUUGUGGAUGUCUCUAAGUUCCUUGUAACAAUUCCAGAGGAAAAGAAAGAUUCGAGCAAUCAAGAAAUUAUAAACAAGUCUAACACAGUCUCUGGUGAGCUGGCCUUAAAAGGUGAGGCCAGACAGGGUGGUGUGUCCCCUGGCUCUACAGACAGCACCCAGACGACUUUCCAGUCCCCAGGGUGUAACUCCAACAAAAGAGAAAUGCAGGAGAAUGACCUUUUUAAGGCUGAGUUUAUCCUGAUUACGGACUCGGGUGAUGAAGAAGAAGUAGCUGCUGCCUCGAACAACAUUCAUCGGCCUUCCAAUGGCUACGGUCCCAUCAGUGCUCAGCUGCUGGCCACAUCUCACAUUUCCCCUGGCACCGGGGCAGGGAAACCUCUUGGUGAAGGGCAUGUUCCAGGCACUGGGCUUACCCACAGCACUGCUGGUCUGCAAAAACAACAGCAGUACAAGAUCAAGACAAGCUACAAGGCAUUUGCAGCAAUCCCUACAAACACAUUACUUAUGGAACAGAAGGCACUAGAGGAGCCAAGCCAGACUGCUGGUGUGACUGAAGCCACUGCUUUGGACACCCAUUCAGAGAUGUGCUCCCCUGCCCAGCUCAGACAACAAACAGAAGAGCUUUGUGCUGUCAUUGAUCAAGUCCUGCAGGACCCUUUGACUAUGCGCCGAUGCGAAUCUUCUCCAAGUUUCCUGCAGAUGAGCACAGAGUCAGAUAUUGGCAAGGUGUCAACAACACUGCAGAGAGCAGCUGGGCGCGAAACAAGAUAUGCCAACCUCUACAAAUCGGCGCCUAUGGUAACGGAGAGUCAGCUGACAAAACCUGGUGUCAUUCGUCCCGUGCUGGUGAAAGGAAAGAGCUCACAGCAAAAGGAGGAUGCUUAUCAACCCAACCCUUUCAAAAAGUACCUUGAAGAAAUCAGUGAUCAAGAUGCUGAGCAGCCCAGUCAUCCCAUAGUGCCUAUUCCAGAAAAUGAAACACUCAGCUCUAAGGAGGUUGCCAAUGAAAGAGGUUCUGUUUAG